ACCUAAUUCUGGAUGAUCUGCUGUUGGCCUGUGCGGGCGGGCGGGCUUCUCUCACUGCCAACUGGAGGCUGCCCCGCUGCUGAAUUUUGAGACCAAUGGAGUCACGUUAGUCAUUAUUUCAGAUGCAUACCCUCAAUUCCACCACCACCCUGCGCUGCCUCCGCACUAUACGUCUUCAAUCUCAAUUUCACACACCCAGGCUGUCAAUACCUUUGCGAUCGCCGGCUGCAGUACAGGUGCCCCUUCGUUCGGCUGCAUCCCUUUCUUAUACCUUCAACCCGGAUUUCUUCACCCCGCUUCGACCAUUGUUGAUCAACUUCUUUCAACCUCUAUUCCCCAAAAUGGCGAGCUCUGCUACCAUCGACGAAACCUUGACGGCUUUCCUCAAAUCUCACGCCCCUAACGACGUGGCUGCUGAGACCGACCCCGUCAAGGCCUCCCAGACUCUCUUCCCUACCGCUAUUUACACUGACGCCGAGAAGACGGAGAUCAGUCAAUGGGUGAUCACUUCCGCCCACCUUGCUUCCACGACCGAGGACGCCGCCAAAGCAUCUGAGCGUCUCUCCUCCCUCAACACCCACCUCUCCAGCCGAACCACCCUUCUGGGCGCAAAGCCCUCCGUUGCUGAUAUCGCAGUGUACCAGAAGCUCGCACCGAUUGUGUCGAAAUGGACCGCCGAGGAGAGGACAGGCGAGCAGGGAUACCAUCACAUCGUCAGGCACGUGGACUUCGUCCAGAACUCGCCAGUCUUCGGAUUGAAGUUGGACAGCAAGGUCGACAUUGACGCCAACAACGUCAUCUUCAAGAUCAAGCCCAUCGACGCCAAGGCCGAGAAGGAGCGCAAGAAGAAGGAGAAGGAAGCUGCUGCUGCCGCCGCCGCCGCUGGUGCUUCCGCGUCUGGUGCUACAGCUACCACUGCCACUGGAGAGCAGGGUGCAGAGGGCAAGAAGAGCAAGAAGGAGAAGGUCAAGGAUAAGGUUCAGGCUGCAGGACAGGCCAUUGCCUCGACUGUGACUGGAAAGGCUGGACCUCCCGAGGGUGCUCCCACCAAGAAGAAGGAAAAGAAGGAGAAGCAGCCCAAGCCUCAGAAGCCCGCUCCAGUUGAGAAGCCAUUGUCUCCCGCCCUCAUUGACCUCCGAGUCGGACACAUCCUCAAGGCGGAGCGCCACCCCAAUGCCGAUUCCCUCUACGUCAGCACCAUCGCCAUGGGCGACGCGCCAGGAACCGACAACACCUCCGAGUACGAGGGACAGAUCGUCCGCACCGUGUGCUCCGGCCUCAACGGACUCAUUCCCCUCGAGGAGAUGCAGAACAGGAAGAUCGUCGCCGUGUGCAACCUGAAGCCCGUCACCAUGCGCGGCAUCAAGUCAUGCGCCAUGGUCCUUGCCGCGUCGCCCAGGGUCCAGGAGGGCGAGGAUAGCCACAAGGGCCCCGUCGAGCUCGUCAACCUGCCCGAGGGCGCAAAGGCCGGAGACAGGGUCUACUUCGAGGGAUGGGAGGGCGAGCCCGAGGCAGUGCUCAACCCCAAGAAGAAGAUCUGGGAGACCAUCCAGCCUGGUUUCACGACCACCGAUGCCUUGGAGGUCGCGUUCAAUGUCGAGGAUGUUCCUCAACUGUCAGGCGAGGGAGCGGACAAGAAGACUGGCAUUGCUAAGCUCAAGACUGCCAGCGGUCCUUGUCUCGUCAGCACGCUCAAGAACGCUGUUGUGCGAUAGAGCUCUGGUGUGAUAUGCAAUCAAACACCAGAUAAAGAAAUUAGAUAUAUCAAGAAAAGAAUUCAAGGCAAAUGCAACAACAAUGUACCAGCUCC